GGGGUGAGGAACUGGCAACUGGAGUAGCAUGGGUGGUUGUGUGUCUCUCAGCCUUUCCAAUUUUGCCACUAGCAUGCUUGUGAAGAGUGAUGUCCUUCCAGUUCUUGUGGAAAGAUUGGCAACAACAAAUGGUUUGCAACUUCUCAUUCCGGUGCUUCGAGGUUCAUGAGCAAUCUUGUUGCUGGUGAUUCACACACAACUUCUGCAAUUGUCAUUCCUGGACAUGAAAUCACAGAUAAUGUCAUAAAAGUUAUAGUAAAAUGUUUGAAGAGUGAACACAGGGUCUUGAAGAAGGAAGCAGCAUGGGUUCUAUCAAACAUAGCUGCUGGUUCCAUCAAGCAUAAGCAGCUGAUAUAUUCUAGUGAGGCACUGCCUUUGUUGUUAUGCCUUCCUUCUCUGGCACCUUUUGAUUUAAGAAGGGAAGUGGCCUGUGUCUUGGGAAACAUCUGUGUUGCCCCAACAGAGGGUGAUGGAAAGCCAAAUCUGAUUGUGAAGCGUUCGGUUUCUCUUGUUCAGAAAGGGUGCCUGCAAGACUCAAUUGAUGGAUCUGGUAAGUAAAUCUAAUAAUUAGCUUAUCAGUCGCUUUUUGCAUCAAUUAAGCACUUACUAUAGCGGAUUAGAUGUUUGAAUUGAUUCCAUCCUAGUUUACUGGUUGUUGUUGUGGUUGCUACAAUGAAAUGACUUAAGGCAAACAUUGGGUAACUGUAAACUUAACAAGGCUCAACUAUCUGCCACUCUUAAAUACCUUGGAUUUCCUUCCCCACAUGGACAAGUUUAUUGGUGAUGUUUUGUUCACAUGAUGGCAAAACUUUGUUCGUAACACACACAGUUAAUUCCUCGUGCUGGUGUCAAGGGGAAUGCCAAACGGAGAGGGUUGAAAGCUUGUUGAACGAGAGGGUGGGAUUGAUGCCACGGAAAGAUUCCAAUUUCAUGAAAAUGAAGAGUUGAGAAAUGUGGCAACCGGUUUAGUUGAUAAAUAUUUUGGAGGAUUACUGGCUUGACGAGUAAGGGUACCACGUAAUGCCAGACAAAACAAUCUUUCUUGGAAUUUUCUUGUCAUUCUUUUGUGGUAUGUAAAAUUAGGGUGUAUGGAAUUGACUUUGAAGGUCUCCUCUCCAUACCUAACAAACAUCUGCUGAAAGCCUAGCCCUAAGCUAUUGCAUGGCGUCUGGCUUUGUCUACUCGUCAUUUUUCAUGGCGUCUGGCUUGAGUCUACUCGUCAUUUUUCUUUCUUUGUUUCUUUAAAUAAUAAUAUUAAACUUGUGAAUUUCAA